UGGUGUUACAGCUUAAAUAAUUGAACCACCCUUCAAGUCAUGCUGUGCGCACAAGCUAAGGUGUGGUCAUGGCUGUUCAUUACCAGGAGCAAAGGGAGAAAUGGCCUGAGUUAGAGGGAGAGAAAAAAGAAAGGACACCGAAUCAGUGUUUGAAAGCAACAGUUGAACUAAUCCAAGAAGUUACUUGAAACUUUUUCAGAUUUGAUCUUAUCAGUUCGCUGAACGUGGUGUCAACAUGAACAAUAACCAGACACCAGGUCCCCAGUAUGUGAACCGUGGGUUUCAACAAGGGGAGGGAAGACCCCCUCCUACCGCCUCUGCCCUAAAGAUGCACAAUGUCCCCCCCUCUAUUUGUCCUCAGUACACUCCCCAGUACGCUCCCAAGACCAUCAAUACCCACCACACGGUCACCCCUGGACUACCACACCCAGUCCCAGAACAAAAAGUGGUGAAGAAAAGUCACUGUAAAUGUAUUGUGGCCUCUAUCCUCAGUGUCUUAGUUUUCCUUGGGGCAACAGGAGCGUUGGUUUGGUAUUUCCUGUUCAACCAGUGUGUGUUGGGGAGGUCCUGUAGGCAGGGUUGUGUGUAUCUGAGUGCAUCCAAAUGGUGUGAUGGCAUCAGAGACUGUCCAGGAGGAGAGGACGAGACACAGUGCCUGCGCCUCUAUGGGUCUAGUUCUGUGCUGCAGAGUUACUCAUCAGACAGUCAGACGUGGAAGCCAGUGUGUGCUGAUGACUGGAAUGACAACUUUGGCAGGGCCACCUGUAAAAAGAUGGGAUACAGCAGUGGGUCCUACGUUCGGUCCUCACAAAGAAACCCAGGCUCCUUGGCUUCCGAGGGCUAUUUGAAGCUGUCCAGCUUUGACCCCCAAUCCCUUCUACAGAGGCAGCUAACUGGAAGUCCCUACUGCUCAGCACAAGCAGUCUCCCUGCAGUGUAUUGACUGUGGUGUCAGUAUAGCAGCUCCUUGGAGCCGAAUCGUAGGGGGGGAUAUAGCAGUGAGCGGUGCCUGGCCAUGGCAGGUCAGUCUGCACGCCAGGGGCCAGCACCUGUGUGGAGGCUCCAUCAUCAGCCCUGAGUGGAUCCUCACUGCCGCCCACUGCGUAGAAACGCUAUCAGGGCCCAGUCAGUGGACGGUGUAUGCUGGCUAUCUGGCCUUGACCCAGAUGGAUUUUGCCACUGGGAAUUCAGUGGGACACAUAAUCUCUCAUGAAAAGUACGACAAGCAGACUAGUGAUAAUGACAUCGCUCUCAUGAAACUCAGCACACCCCUCACUAUGUCAAAUACGGUGAGACCAGUCUGUCUGCCCAAUGUCGGUGUGAAUCUGACUCCCCAGCGAGAAGCCUGGAUCUCUGGAUGGGGGUCCAUUAGGAGUGGUGGGUCGUCGUCGGGAAACCUGCGUCAGGCCCAGAUCACCAUGUACAGCAGAGAGACAUGUAAUGCAUCGUUGGUGUAUAAUGGACUUGUAACCGCCUCUAUGAUCUGUGCUGGGACACUGGCAGGAGGAGUGGACUCAUGUCAGGGGGACAGUGGAGGACCAAUGGUGGCCAAGGAGGGUUCAGUAUGGUGGCUGGUAGGGGACACUAGCUGGGGUAUAGGUUGUGCCCUGAGGAACAAACCAGGAGUCUACGGCAAUGUCACCCACUUCCUCCCCUGGAUAUAUGAACAAAUGCAGAAGAAUUGAUGGAGGUGCCAAUGAAGACGCACCCUGUUGCUUAUCAAAUUCACCUGUCUGUCUGAAAUAAAGCUUUUGAAUACAUUAAAUGUA